AUGUCAAAUGAAACAGCGUCUAUGAGAGAAAUACAACACAACCGACAACUCAUUAUGCAAGCUCUAAAUAAGAACACAACAAACUUUUCAAACUAUUCUAAGAUAUCUGAGUCAUUGAAAGGGGGUGACUUAAAACUGACAAUAAACCCAAUGACAGAUGAGUUUCUAUUUCAAGACAAUAAGAACAAUACUGUCUGUAUAAAUCCAACAAAAGGAACUUUAAACGAGAAACCUAUAAAUGAACUUCUUUUGAAAGCAGAUGUUGACAACAAAGCUGACAAAGAAUAUGUAGACGAUGCAAUAGCAAAAGAAGAAGAAAGAGCUAACAAUGCUUAUGCAACAAAAGAACAUACUCAUCCUGAACUAGCAGACAAAACAUAUGUUGACAAUAAAAUGUCAAGUGAAGUGACAAGAGCUGAAAACGAAUAUUCUAAAAAGACUCAUAUACAUUAUAUUAACCAAAUAUCAAGUCUUAAGGAAACAUUAGAGACAAAAGCAGAUAAGACUCAUACACAUUCUAUAUCUGAUAUUACAAACUUACAAGAAACCUUAAACAGGAAAAGUGCCGUUGGACAUACACAUACAUCUUCUGAAAUAACAGACUUAAACGUUAGCCUUGAAAAUAAAGCAGAUAAAACAUAUGUCAAUGAAAUAUACCAAAGUUUGAUAGGAACAAAAAAUAUUGAAACUAUUGUUGGUGACUUUUCUGUCAAUGAAGAAAAUAAAUAUUUUAGAUGGCAGUUGGUACAGUCCUUAAAAAUGGUACACGGAAUAAACUCAUUCCGAAAAAUAACAAUGAAAUGUAUGUAA